AUGUACCGAGCCGGCGUCUAUGCGAUGUCCAAGGCUUUCAUCGGCAAGCCCGCCCCCGAGUUCACCGCCCAGGCGGUCGUCGACGGUGACUUCAAGGAGGUCAAGCUCUCGGACUUCAAGGGCCACUACACGGUGCUCUUCUUCUACCCGCUGGACUUCACGUUCGUCUGCCCGACCGAGAUCAUCGCCUUCUCCGAUCGCUUCGAGGAGUUCAAGAAGCUCGGAGUCAAUGUGCUCGCUUGCUCAACGGACUCGGUAUUCAGUCACUUGGCCUGGAUCCAGACGCCCCGCAAGCACGGCGGCCUCGGCGACAUGAACAUCCCGGUGAUCGCCGACACGAACCACCAAAUCUCGAAGGACUACGGCGUGCUGAAGGAGGACGAAGGCAUCGCCUUCCGCGGUCUGUUCAUCAUCGACCCGAACGGCAUCCUGCGCCAAAUCACCAUCAACGACCUCCCCGUUGGCCGCUCCGUCGAUGAGACGCUCCGCCUCGUUCAAGCCUUCCAGUUCGUUGACAAGCACGGCGAGGUCUGCCCGGCCGGAUGGACCCCUGGCAAGGACACCAUCAAGCCAAGCGUGAAGGACAGCAAGGAGUUCUUCCAGAAGCAC